CCUGCUGCGGAGUCUCCACCUGGAAGAGCCGGGCGGCGGCGGGGAGGAGGCAGAGCAGAGCCCGCGCGGCGCCGACACCUCCGCGCUGACCGCCACUGUGCCGCGCCCGCCCCGCUGUCACCGAGGUGCCGCCCGCCCCGCGCAGAGCCCCUUGCAGAGCCCCACGACCAACAGCCAUGGAGACAGUGCAAGAGCUGAUCCCGCUGGCCAAGGAGCUGGCGACGCAGAAGCCCAACCGCAAGCUGGUGAAGCUGUACGUGCUGGGCAGCGUGCUGGCCUUCGUGGGCGCCCUGCUCGGCCUGGUGGAGACCGUGUGCAGCCCCUUCGCCGCCGCCAGCCGCCAGCGUGAGCGGGAGGCUGCCCUGGCCGCGCUGCGGGACGCCCGCCAGCCUCCGGGCCUGCAGACACAGGCGCUGCUGGAGAAGGGCAAGCCAGAGGCCGUGCCGGCCAGCAGGGCCCCCGUACUCCGGCAGCACGCCUCCUAGGGAUGCCGCAUAGAGAGGCAGGAGAGAGCAGGAGAGGGGAGACAGCCAGUGGAGAGUGGAGAAGCCGACUUCCAGACUUGACCUGCGGGGAUCCACCAGGAGUCUGGAUGAGUUUGCUGCUGUGCAGCACCCCAGGGGUCAGCCCGAAGCCCUCCCCUCUGCCCCAUGCCCUUCCACCGCACCGGGGUGGCGUGAGGAGACAGCUUUUUAUAUGAUUACUAUUACGAAGACCAUCAUUUUGCAUUUUGAAAUAAAACAAGUUUUAUACUGUGUCUCCUGACCUGAUUCCUGGG